UAAGCAACCUCUUCACCCAUUUGUCAAUUUAGCAGCUCACUCCCACUCACCGUAUUGUGUUGACACUACUUCCAGAAUAUUAGGAGGCAUACAAUGUUUCCUCCCCGGUCUACUUUUAUAUGCAGCCUUUUGUUUUGCUUAACCUCCCCCCACCCCCACCCUCUAUUCUUGUUUUUUCUUUUUUGGUUAAAUGUACCCCACUUCAGCAUUGUACUUCAUGUUUUUGACACUACAGUAAUGGCAUGUUCAUUGAAAUGUUUAUUAACCAAAAGUGUGCAAAAUAUGAUCGCAAAGUGUAAUAAAAGAGUGAAACAAAUUUGGACUUGCGUUGUAUAACAUUCACUUAGCAUCUGGCUAAAAUUUCAGGAGGAAGUACACAUGUAAUGGUGGUGACAGUGUGCAUAGCUACGCAUUUUUUCAUUUUUUUGGAGCAUUACUAAAAGAUGCUGGGCUCAUUUUUUUUGUUUUUAUUCUUAUCAGCAUGUGGGCAUUGAGAGAAAAAAAAAAAAAAAAAGUUGCAUGCAUACCCUCUUUAGCAUUGAUCCCAGCCCUGUUCCUUAUCCUUUCCUAGCGCAAUAUUCCAGCCAAAGCCAUCUUCUCGUAUGACUUCAUAUUCAAAACUGCAUUAAAGAAAUGACAAACUUCCUCUGACAAAGUCCUGUAUGUGUGCACCGAUUUCGCCACCCUCAAGCACAACUAUUUUGACCCUCCGUUACAUGCUUUUGCUGUUGUACCUGAAUGUGGUCUUAAAAGUUAAUGAUGUGGUGUUGGGCUGUUGUAUGAGUGUAACGUAUGGUCGGCAUUACUGAGACUGUCAUCGUACUUCACCACAUCCUGGAGUCUCAGUGGACAUUCCACCUCUGACAGCUGAGACGCUUGUCAAGUCAUCACCUGCCAUUUGUAAAUUUUGCUGUAAAUCACUACACACUCGUGAAGUUUUUCCCCACCCUGCCCCUCUCCCCUCUGGACCAAUUGUCAAUAUAAGAGGAUUAUCAGAAAUACUUCAGCUUAUUCUGAUGGAUGGAUGAUUGUUGGCAUCACCUGUUGACUGUAAAUCAUUGCGACUACUUCAGAUGACUGUAAAACAUGUAACCGCUUCUUUAGACUUCAACACUACUUAAACAUUUCAUCACUAAUUGAUUUGUUGCUAACUCCAUGUUCAUUAACCAAUGAAAUGGCAAUGUCAUUUUACUACAGUAUGAAUGCAUUUUGACUGUAAAAUGAGGCUGUUGGGGUCCGACACCUCAGAAUUAUUUGCCUUGUGCUUUAGUCAUCAAAGGUGUAUUCACAAAUUGUCAUAGUAAGGUACUUAGAAGUAUAUUUAAAAGAGAAAAAAAAUGACGCUGUGUACACUAAACCUAUUGAAAAUGGUGUUGGUUGGAAUAAGAACAUUUGUAAGUUGUCUCGUGAAAAUUUUCUGAAAAUAACUGUGUAUUCUGUGCCAUAAAAUCAAUAUCUGCUCUGUUGCUACUACAAGUUGGAUUUUUAACUGCUGCUCCAGCAAGACGUAACUUUUAAUGGCACUUUCCUAAGGGAUAUUUUGGCAUCAGUAAUCUCCAGACUUUGUGGAAUAUGUACAGAAUUAAACAAUGGAAAAAUAAGUUUGCAAUAUUUUGUCUUUUUUGAGUUGGAAUUUCCUUCUGCCACAAAAUCUGCUAUUUCAAAUGCCAUCAAUUGAUGCAACAUCUUGUUUACAGACAGAUCAAAUAAAAGUUAUUCCAACCAGACGUGAAGUUUGUAUGUCCUGUCUGUUGCCUGGAGAGCGAAAAUUGGGUAUAAAAGCCGAUACAACAGUGUGGGUCUUGUAACAUAUUUUCACUCAAGUACAACCAAAAUGGUUAUUCUGGUAUAAUGGUAGGCCUAUUCUCCAAAAAUACCAUGUGUACAAAUAUCAGCAUGUAGUGAAGUUGUCUCUGUGGCUUUGUUACUGAAUCCCAGAAAUAUCAGUGGUUCAUUAGAGAAAAAAACAUUUUAAUUGGUGAAGGCUACAGGAACAUAAAAAUGGUCUGAAAGACAGAGAAAUGAAAAAACACUCAGUGGUAAAAUCCAUAUAGUGAUCUGAUUUUAGUCUUUCAAGGCAUGUUGACUAGACAAAAGGAAAACCUGGGUUAAUAUGUACAUUCAUCAAUUAAACCUGGUAAACAGUAAAUUCCAUGUUUAUUUUAAACAUAUUUCUUUCCAUUUCAUUAACCCGAUGUAGCUUUAGUGCCCUUCUAUCUCAUAUUGUCAUAUAUGUUCAGUGUGUACUUGUUCCAACUUUUUACAUGAUCACACCAAAUGAAGUUUUCAAACAAAAAAAAUCCAUGUCCAAUGCCAUAGGUGUCACUCUAGGCAUCUGUUCUGACAGGCUCAGGAAAUGCUGAUUGUGUGCCUUAAGCAAAUUCAGAUAAUAUGAAAGUCUGAAAACAAAUGAUCAACAUUUUGACUGCCAUCAAGACUCAGACCUUAGUUUUGUUAUGAAAUACUUCUCUAAUGCCACUUGAGUACCACUCUCACAGACUAUAAGUUUUUAUUAUGAGAUGUUCUGGUCUGUUCAGUGAUGCUCUGCCCUUAACUGCAUGAUUUGCAGCACCUGCUGUGGUCAGGUGUUUGACUAGUUGCGAUUAGGCUCAGAUUUCGAGCACUCACCUUUAAACAUACUUUCUAAGAGCAGUGCUCGGCUUUUGUGGCACACUGCUGAGAUCAUUUGCCUUGUGGGCAGCGCUCUUUUUUUCCUUUUGUUCCAAUGGCGUGUAGAAACAGCAGGGGCAGUAAGGUUUUACUCAGUUUAGGAAUUUUUAUGUUUGCAACUUCACUUUGCCAUUGCACAGCACUGACAAGACUUAAGGCACUAGAUAAACCAGGAAGAGACUUAAUGCGAAGUCAGACCAAAAGAACAAGUCGACACCAUGGAAGACUCUUAAUUGGGCAUGACCCACUGAAAGGUGCUAAACUCAAUGAAACCAAGACACAAAAGGACAUUCUGGGUGUUGAAACGGACUACCAAGCAGACAUGGGUAUGUAAGGUGACAUUUAAAACUAAACAAUAUAAAACUUAAGUUCCAUGCAUGUUUGGUGCAUCAGUUUGAUCUUUUAUGUCUGCAACUUACUCUCUGUGCAUCAUUCUUAGAGAGUUCGAUAGAGCCUGUUUUACCUUCCUCCAAACCUUAUUUUUAAAAGCUUGGGGAGACCCUAGUGGACAGGAUCUGGGGCCAAAGCCAGACAUCGGAGCAGUACAACGACUGCUUAAAAUGGAGCCGAAGGUGGAAUGUACAGGAGACUCCAUGAAGCUUCUUGUUCAAGAUGCUGCUUCUAUGCCCGCAUCUCUCUUCUUUGUGGACAGGGGUAUGCUGUAAGUUUAAAAUGGAAUCAUGAAAGAGUAAUUUGAUGUAAAUACUUUUGACAUUCCUCAACGUAACUCCUUAGGACGCGACUUGUCUCCCUUGCCUCUGUCCAAGCUGCCUAAAAGCUGUGGUUACACCAUCAGAUCAACACGAACAGACUUGAUCUUAGUUGCACCGUACGAUGGUUGCUUUGUUACUAUAGAGGUGAGGCACCCUGUUCUGAAAGCACAGCAUAUUUAAACCAUGUACACACUGUGAUGUUCUUUUUCGUUUCUGGCUACAGGAGGACAGCUACGUUCUCCCUUUGCGUUGGUGGGGGUUACCCGUGAGGAUGUCAUGUCCUUUGAUGAAACAGUCCUCAACGAACCCUCCAAUGGUCACCUGCCAUAAUGAGGGCAUGGUCGUGAAAACGGAUUGGACCAGCUCCACUUCAAAAAUGAAAGUAAAUCUGAAUGAUGGCUGGGAGCCGCUGAUGAAGGCCUCACUAAGAUGUGGGUUUGGCCUAGUUGUACAUCCUGAAGGUGUGGUCAUCUCAGUUCAAUAUACACCCUGCUUGGAGAAAAAGGUACACUAUGCAUAUUUGAUUGGAACUUUAUAUUUUUUUAAAUAUUGUGUAAUCCAUUGCAUUUCUGUUCAGGAUGGAUUUUACACUCUUGGCCUGUCUGGAGAUGGGGAAACACAAAUUUCGUGUCCAUCGCUGUUUGUAGCUCAACCGGAAUCUCCCAUAAACCCAGCAACAGUUCCAAUACUGCAAACCACUCUCACUCCAAAUCCUGCAAAGUUCACUUCCCCUCAGGUUCCAAGUUUUAAUUGGAACCCAAAGAUUCCAAACUGGAAUCCUAAUCAGGGGCCAAAGGAUAUCAAUCAACCUCUGUUACCUUACUAUCCGAGUUUCUUCUACCAGUAUCCUGCAAUCCCAGAUGUUGUUUCUACAGUACAGUCCCCAAAAUCAUUACCUCCAGUGAAGAAAACUACCAAGAACCAAAGGCUGCAUUUCUUUGUUCCACUUUAUCCUCAAGCCCCUACAUCACAACCUACCCCAACACAGCCAUCAACGACCAAACCACCACUAGGUAAUUUGGACGACCACUUUCUUCCAAAUCCGUUUAACCUCCCAGCUUGGCAGCCUCAAAAACCUGUGGGACAAUCUGGAAGCCAGCCCAAGAGCCCAGAACAAAGACCCCUGUAUCCACUCAUUUUUCACUCUCAGCCAUCACAGCCACAACCAUCUGGAGCUCCCCCUGUAGAACCACCUUCUUAUACACUGUAUCCUGAAACAUUACCAAAAAAACCAAGGCCACGACAACCCACAGUUCCAGUGAAGCCUCAGGCACAAACGGGUGCACCACAGCCUGAAGCUCCUCCAGGUCCAGUAUACCAGCCAUUCUACCACUAUGCCUACCAUUCCCAAUCACAGCCAGCUAUGAAUCCCACUGCUGCACCUCAGUCACCAGGGCCUGAAACCCCUCAGGGCUCAGUAUACCAACCGUUCUUCUACUAUCCCUCCUACCCCCACCCAAAGCCUGGAAAUCCACCAGCUUCGAAGGAACCUCCUGGUCCACAGUCACCAAAGAUUGAAGCCCCUCAGGGUCAAGUACACCAACCAAUGUACUUCCACCCUCAGCCAAAGCCUGACUAUCAGCCAGUCAAGAAUCCAACUGUUGCUCCACAGCCAGGAACUGAAACUCCUCCAGGACAAGGCCAGAAACCUUGUCCAGCAGCCCAGAUUCCAGGAAUAAAUAAUAAAGCUCCUGUGGAAAAGCCAGGCGAAAACAGGAAGCCUCAAAAGGGUGAAAUGCAUCAACCUUUUAACUUGUUCUACUACCCACAGCAGCCCCAGCCUUUUCUGAUGCCUCCUUAUGGGAGUGUGCAGCACCAGGUUGCUCAUCCAGCCAGUGAUCUGAGAUUUUCAGGAGCUGCCAUUCCUAGUAAUGUUGGUGAUAUCCAGCAAGGGGCUCAGCUCAGCCCUCUAUACAUGCAACCAUACUGCUCCCUGUUUUGCCCACCAGGAAUAUCUAAUUGCUGUCCACAAAUUGUUUUUCAUCAACAUCUCCAUGUUGUUCCUACUGGGCAGAGCAGUAAGGAUGCACCUUCAUGGUAUCCAGGUCUGUCAUAUCUUCCUUCAGUGGCAUUUUCAGAAUUUGGGAAUGGCUUGAGUUCUGUUCCUUCUCCUGAAAAGCCUGCUGAAGCUACAACAACGCAAGCUGCCACAGGUUCCACAUCCCCAUCCAUUUCACCUCAGUCGCUUCCACCCAGAAUUAUAGAGCAACCCUAUCUCCAGCCACCAGAUGGCAACCCUGCUGCACUACCUGGAAGAAAACCCAGUAUAGAGGCAAAUCCUAUCCUACCAGUUCACCCUCAUUUUGCAUCUAACCCCCUAUAUCCCCAUAGGCCAAAUAUGCUGGAAAUCGAGAGGCUGCAGAAUUUGCUACAAAGCGUGCCGUCAGCUCACUCCAAUGACAACUCUAAAGCUCCAACUUCUGGUCAGGAACCAGUAAAUCCUGUGGUGCAUUAUGAGCCAUUUAUUCAGUCACCAACAAAGCAAAUCAGUCAGCUAAUGUCAGCUGGGAAUAUGAAUAAUCCCCAAUGGCCUUUUAUCGGCAAAUAUCUACCGCUGCACUAUAGACCAAAGCCACCCAAUCUACCUAAAGCCACUGACUGGCUGACAUAUCACAAAAAAUCCAGUAAUGCUAAAGGCUCAGCACGUGUUAACAUCCACCGUGAACGUGACCGUUAUCUGGUUCCUUACUCCAUGGUUCAAGAUGCUUCAGUACCCAUUCAUAACAAAUCUGUGGUGCCAAACUCAGAACCAGAGACCCUUGUAAAUGACCUGGACAACUCCACCAAACAAGGACAGACUCUGAACCCUGAUUCUGAACAGAAAAGCUAUUUGCUGCUACAGCAUGGCCCACCAGGCAAGGAGCUCAACAGUUUCAGUGAUUCUGUAAUGCCGUUCAGAGACCUGCUAUAUGGAACAUACUCUGUUGCACAGGAACCUGCAAGCGAUCACAGUAGUAAACCCCAGAAUGCUCAGAAUUUUGGGCUCCCGCAGGAAAACACCCAGCAUCUUAAAUGGCCAGAAGAAGGGACGUUUGAUGCCUUACUUGGUCAUGACAACUAUGAGCAAAGGUCUGGUGAUCAGUCAGGUUGGCCAACAUUAUCUCCUGCCUCUAAUGGCCUUCAGUUUGGGUUUAUGCCCCAUGAGCCAUCUUUCAGUGCAGCACAUUUAAAUCCUAAAAUCCCUGAGUCGUUCGAAGAUCCCUGGAAACCGUUGACGCCUCGAGACUCCAUCCAAAGGUUUCCACCUCAGGUUCCUGGAAAUAUGUUUCAACACUGGAGCUUCGUAGCUGACCAACAAGGAAAUGGUAUGUUGUUAAAGUUUUAAAACUUCUUAACCCAAUCUCCUGUAAUAAUAUGUGUGUCUUUUCCAGGACCAAAGCAUUCCCUCCUGAGAGAACAUGAAAAUCAGAAGCAGAAAUGAGUUGACUUCAAUGUGAAUAAAUGAUUGAAACAGGCUCAUCAAGCUUUUAAAUUUUUUAUUUUUUACCUAAUUUAUCAAGCUUAUUUGAGAGUUCUUAGGUGUGGGAUUGGGAAAUAUUUGGAAAGUGGAUGUAAGAGCAGGAUGAGUCCUCUGUGGGCGUUCAAGGACAGUUUCUCUUUUUUUUAUUCUUUGACUAUUUUCUAAUCUGUCCAUUUGUGUUAUUUGUUGGCAUUUCUCGAGUCAGAGGGUGCAUUGGCUUGUUGGACGUAUUUGUCUUUAUUUUGCCUCUCCAUGAACUGAUACUUCCUGAACAUUGACCCAUUCAUGUCAAUAUUUACUAUUUACGCUGUGUGCAAGGUUCCACUGUUGCAAUUUUUGUUCUAAGCUGUACUUUAACAGCUGGACAAGAUUUGUUUCAUCACCUUGAAUGGCAAAUGAAAUUGUGGAUUAUCUUUUUUUGAUUAUCUGCCAGAUUAUAUGGGGUUUAGAAACAUGUAGACUGCCCCAAAAUGUCUGACUUUUGGAUACAAGAAUCCCAGUCUAGAAUCAUUUAAAUCAUGUUUAACAUAUUGAACUGUCUUAAACAUGGAGCUAAAUGAAGCAAAACGUGAGUAACAAUUAUUUGCUAUGUCUGUAUCACAAAUGUCAAUGGAUUUACCGGAGUGUCAUUGGCAUGAGUCGACACGAUCUGCAAACUCCACUUUUGCAAUCACUCUUAACAGAUGUAGCACGGAAUGAUUAAUGAUUAAUGAAUGAUUAAAUACAAUGCGUUUAUAGAGACCACAGUGAUAGUGAUUAUCCGUGUGUCCUCAUUAACCCUGGAAAAGGCCUUGGAUAUCUCCCUGUCUCUCAUUGACUGCUACUGUUAAAUGUAAUAAUACAUUUUAUAGGAGGCAUAAUGGAGCAAUAUGUUAAAAAAAAACACAAGUUUGGACUUGAGAGAUUUAUUUCACAGGAUAAAAUGCACUUUUUAAAAGAAAUUUCUGAAGUUGUCUGUGAUGUUACAAUUGCAAACAAUGAAUUAUUCCAUGUUUGAUAAUGUAUUGAUGUUACAUCUUACCACAGCACACCUUUAUGUGUCAAUUAAAAUUGUUAGUACCAGUGUCGUUGAAGAAGACAACCGUAAAGAGUCUGUGGGACCUGAACACUUAAAAAAAUCUGACUUUUCCUGGGCAGACUGGCACAGCAGCAGCGGGAUCUGCCUGCGCUGUAGGUUCAGCAGCCACUAAUCUCUUAAACCGAAUAGGGCUCUCCCUACUGAUUGAGGCAUCUGAAGCUGAGCCAGGAUCUGCCUCCGCUGCAGGACCAUGGACCAGAGCAGCUGCAGGUUCAUCAGCUGCUUCUCUCUUAA